ACCUCCUCGCCGGGCGGAAGCGUUGUGUCGCGGUUGGUGAUGGCAGAGGGCGGCGCGGAGCCUGGGGACGACGGCCCCGGCCCCAGUCCCGGUCCCGGUCCCGGGCUGGCCCUGGUCGAGGGCAGCGCCGGCCGCGUCGGGGACCCCGGGGACCUAGUGGCCCUGGCCCGGCAGGUGCAGCAGGCCAAUGACUUUGUCCGGGCAAAUGCCUGCAGCAAGCUGACAGUCAUCGCUGAGCAGAUCCGGCACCUGCAGGAGCAGGCGCGGAAGGUCUUGGAUGAAGCUAACAGGGAUGCUGAUCUGAACCACGUGGCCUGCAACCUUGUAAAAAAGCCAGGAAAUGUUUACUACAUGUACAGGCGGGAGAGUGGACAGCGGUAUUUCUCCAUCCUGUCUCCUAAGGAAUGGGGUACCACUCCCCAUGAAUUUCUUGGCGCCUAUAAGCUCCAGCAUGACAUGUCCUGGACUCCAUUUGAGGACAUAGAGAGACGAGAUGCUGAAAUAACUGUCCUGGAGAAGCUGCUGAGCCGGCAGGCAGCACUGCCCCCGUGCACGGAGCCCAACUUCCAGGGCCUGACCAAGUCACAUGAGUGACCACACAGGACCCCCUGAGCAGAGUCCCUGAGUGAGGGGACACAGUACGCUGUCAAAGGCAGGGCAAGGAGAGAGACCAAGAAACAAAAAUGCUGAUUGCUCUGUGCUUUAAGGAGACUAAUUCUGCAUUCAGUCUUACUGGAUUUUCUAGUAAUUGAAUAACUGACUUCAUUGACGUAUGCCAAGGUGUAGCAAGAGGCAGGUAGUGUGAGUUCCAAGAGAGCUUGGAGCAAAAAGCAGAAAUACUUGGGGCAGAUGUGAUAAUGCUGUAAAAUAGUAUCUCCUAUCUGCCUGGCUCUGGUGUACUUCACUGUGAGUGCUUGUGGCAGGCAAUCUCAGGACUGGAUUUUGCACCUUAUUAAAAUGCAUGUAUUUAGAGAGCUCUGUGGCCUGGGAAGAGUGGUCAAAAGCCUGUGCAAAGGGUCUGCUGUGAUGAGUCUUCUGGUUUCUGUCCUAGCUGGUCUGAAUCCCUGAGCUGGGAACAUAGGGUGACCUGAAGCUCUCUUCUCUGGAAAGAGCAUGCUCAAAAGUGCCAUGCAGGCUUCAGGUGCUCUUCAGAUGAUCUGUGUUUGACAUCCUCAUGCAUUUCCCUUGGAUUUGAGUGCAUGAGCUGCCAGGUAGAGACCGGAUACUGGAUGACUUUAUGCCAGAGCAGUGGGGAGAGUAAAAUAAAUCAACCUUGAUUUCACAUGUA